CAGACGCAGGGCUGGACGAGGGGAGCAUGGAGGCGUCGCAGGACUUUCAGAGGUCCAACCAGGCCAGCUCCGAGGAGGAGGCCGGCAGCAGCUUGUUCCACCGCGUCCUGGAGCAGAGGCAGCUGCGCAACCCAGACGAGGAGAUGAAGUUCCUGUUACAGAGGCUGGUGGUCAUCGCUCGUCUCCCCCACCGUCUCGCUGACAGGAGGGCUGUGGGAGUCUACUAUGAGAAGCUGACCCAGACGCUGCAGCGCUCCUACCCUGGAGAGAGCAUCACAGGGCUGCUCCUGCUCUACCCCACUUGUGCUCUACAUGUCCUCGAGUGCUCCAGUGAGGUGGUUACGGCGGUGCUGCAGGACCUGGGCCAGAUGGAAGCAGAGCCCCAGAGCGGCGUGCUGGAGAGACCUCGAGUGCUGCUGGUGACCCAUGACGCGCCCGGCCGUCUCUUCCAGCACUGGGGCUGGAGGGAGCUGGACCUGGCCGUGGCCACCGCCGCCACCCUGGGGGAGGAGCAGGUGCCGGAGCCCACCGAGGCGCUGCUCAGUCAGGUCCUCACACAGCUGCUGAGGCUGGGGAACCAUCUGCUCACCACACCCACAAAGGUGCAGACGUCGAAGGCGAGUCCGGAGGGUGUGGUGGAGGAGCUGCAUGAGAAGCUGCUGGUGCCACAGCACGUGCUGUCUCAGCUGCUCCAGAGGACAGAGCUGCUCACUCCGCAGCAGUACCUGCAGGCCUACCACACACCUCUACACCUGCUGAUAGACUCAGGUCAUGUAUUUGGAAGUCACCAACCAACAACAGUCUAAAAUAGUCCACACACCUAGAAAACAGGUAUUUUAGGUAGCAGCUAUUGAUGUUUGAUCCAUGACUGAACCAACAGCCGAGGUAAAGGGUUCAACAGUGAGGACACAGUAAACGGUUCUAAUGAACCUAAGUCACAUUACAAGACAAAAGAUACCACACAUAUGAAUAGUAAAGAAUAAUGUAA